AUGAAAGUGAAAACAAAAGAAACAUCAAACGAUUGUGUCAUCAUCAACAAGGCAUCUGUUAACCAUUUGUGUCAUGUCUUUGGUUUUAUCUUCCUGUCAGGGAAGGGUAGACCCGAGUUUCCGGAUUCGAGCAGUUAAUCUGGGAGGUUGGCUGGUGACCGAAGGUUGGAUUAAACCUUCUCUUUUUGAUGGCAUCGUCAACAAAGAUUUCUUGGAAGGAACUGCACUUCAGUUUAAGUCAGUUACGACGGGAAAGUAUCUUUCCGCCGAGCAAGGUGGAGGAAGCAUCAUAGUUGCCAACCGGACAGUUGCUUCUGGCUGGGAAACCUUUAAAUUGUGGAGGAUCAAGGUGACAGCUUUUAAUUUUAGAGUAUUUGACAAGCAUUUCAUUGGACUGGACACCAAUGGGAAUGAGAUCGACAUGGUAGCCAUCUCAAAAUCCCCCGGAAAUUCAGAGACCUUCGAGAUACGGGACGCUGAUGAUACGAACCGGGUUCGGAUCAAAGCACCGAAUGGGUACUACUUGCAGGCGAAAACAGAAGAGCAGGUGACGGCCGAUUCGCGAGGGAGCAAAGGUUGGGGAGAUGAUGAUCCGUCAGUGUUUGUGAUGAAGAUGACCGGAAGGUUGGAGGGCGAGUUUCAAGUUACCAAUGGCUAUGGCCCUGAAAGUGCCGCACAAGUCAUGAGGGAGCACUGGAACACAUUUAUUGAGGAAAAAGAUUUCGAAUUCAUAUCACAAAAUGGACUUAACGCCGUGAGAAUACCGGUUGGCUGGUGGAUAGCCAGUGAUCCGACGCCACCUCCGCCGUUUGUUGGCGGUUCCUUGGAAUCAUUAGACAAUGCCUUCGUAUGGGCAGAGAAAUAUGGAUUAAAAGUUAUAAUUGAUCUACAUGCUGCACCUGGUUCACAAAAUGGCUGGGAGCACAGCGGCUCCAGAGAUGGCUCCCAGGAAUGGGGCAAAACAGAUGAAACCAUAAGCCAAACAGUAACUGUUAUAGAAUUCUUAGCAGCCAGAUAUGCAAAGAGCCCUAGCCUAUAUGCAGUGGAACUCAUUAACGAGCCCCUCUCGCCGGGAGCAACACUGUCAAGCGUGAUCAAAUACUACAAAGCCGUUUACGCGGCCGUACGUAGGCAAACAUCGACUGCUUUUGUCGUGAUGUCGAAUCGGUUGGGACCGAUGAAACCGAGGGAGCUGUUCCCGAUGGCAAGUGGUUUACAGGGGUCCGUUAUUGAUGUACAUUAUUACAAUCUUUUCGAAGACAAGUUUAACAACUUGACUGUCCAACAGAACAUUGAUUUUGUAUACCACAACCGGUCCUCGCAGCUGAAUCAUCUUACAACAUCUAAUGGACCUCUCACAUUUGUUGGUGAAUGGGUGGCGGAGUUGGAAAUUAAUGGAGCUACUAAAGAACAUUCAUACGGGCGGGCCAGUUUUGGUUGGGCUUAUUGGACUCUGAGGAACAUUAACAAACAUUGGAGCCUGGAUUGGAUGAUUCGCAAUGGCUAUAUUAAGCUUUAGCCCUUUGGUGUUGGUCUUGGGGGCAUGAAUAUCA